AUGCCUUUCAACACUCCCAUUCAAACUGCCCUGAAGGCCCGUUCAGCUGCGUUCGGGUUCUGGCUCACGCUUCCUAGCGCCGCUAUCGCUAAGACAAUUAUUCACGGCUCUUCUGGAUCGUCAGCUAGAUUCAGCUGGAUCCUGGUUGAUGCGGAGCAUGGUCUCAUUUCGGACAAUCACUAUUAUGAGCUUAACAACGCCAUUGGCUCCGAAGGCGUGAGCCCCAUUAUUCGAGUUCCCUGCGCCGAGGAGUGGAUGAUCAAGCGUGCUCUCGAUGCAGGUGCCCACGGUAUUAUGACACCCAUGUGCCACACAGAGGCCGAUGCUAUCAAUAUUGCCAAGUGGACUCGGUAUCCGCCCAUCGGUACCCGUGGCUAUGGUCCGAUGUUUGCGCCUCACUCCUUCCCCGGCGUUGACCCCGGUGCUGAUCACGACGACGGCGCGAACGACGGCUUGACCACCUUUGUCCAGAUCGAGUCCCGAUCCGGGGUUGAGAAUGUCGAAAAGAUUGCUGCCGUGGACGGGAUCGAUGUGCUUCUUAUUGGCCCCUUUGAUUUGGCCAAACAGCUGGGUGUGACUCGUUGCGGCGAGGAGCAUGAGGCUGCUAUUCAGCGGAUCAAGAAGGCCGCCCAUGCGGCUGGCAAGAAGGCUGCUAUUUUCUGCACUGGCGGUGCCGAUGCCUACUCCCGCAGCCAAGAAGGAUUUGAUAUGGUCUCUGUCAACACUGAUGUUGGCGUUAUUCGGUCAGCUAUGCUGAACGAGUUGAAGGUUGCCAAUGGGGAGAGCGCUCAAAGUGGACCCGGAGGUUAUUAA